GUUGUUUGAAGUUGCAACAAACGGUGGCGUAUAGCAUUGAUGAGUGUUGAUUUUACGGUGGAAGCGCAACACAACACACAAUAACACAAUUAUGGUGGAUGAAUUGCAAUGGCAUAACCAUAAAUAGAGUUUGGUUUUGCUUCCCUAAGCAGAAAAGGGGAAUGCACACAACAUCGCUGUUCCUCUUUAUUAGACAUGUAUAAGAACCGGUUGCAAGAAUUGGCUCAAAGAAGCUGUUUUAAUUUGCCAGCCUAUUCAUGUAUUCGUGAAGGGCCAGAUCACGCUCCUCGUUUCAAGGCAACUGUCAAUUUUAAUGGAGAAUCCUUUGAAAGCCCUGCAUUCUGCUCUACUCUUAGACAGGCAGAACAUGCAGCGGCUGAGGUAGCUCUUAACACACUUGCAAAAAGAGGUCCCUCCAGAGCUUUGGCUGCAAGAGUUCUGGAUGAAACAGGAGUAUACAAGAAUUUGCUACAGGAAACUGCUCAUAGAGCUGGACUGAAUCUUCCUGUUUAUACGACCAUUCGGUCUGGACCAGGCCAUGGUCCUAACUUCUCAUGUACCGUUGAGAUUGCAGGAAUGCAUUUUACUGGAGACCCAGCUAGGACCAAGAAACAGGCUCAGAAAAAUGCUGCAAUGGCUGCUUGGUCUGCAUUGAGAAAAUUGUCAGAGCAUCGUUUAUCUUCUUCAACUUCAUCCUCAUUUUCUCCGGAGUCUAAAGGCAAUGAAGAACAGGAACAAGUCAUCAUUGCUCGGGUCCUUGCAAGUUUGCAUCCAUCUGGGUCAAAGAACUUUUCCAAAAGUGAUCAUCAACAUAGGUGGCAAAAGUCCACUGCAACAUCUUUGGUGUCAACCCAACCAACUACAGGCAUGUAUACUAUGCAAUGCCAGCAUUGUGGAAUCUCUAGUUUCUCGCCUGAGGUGGCUCUAUAUCAAAUUUGGCAGCAAGAACAAAUUAUGCAGCAACAAAAUCGUCUAUUGGCACUAACCAUUCAACCAAUUAUUCCACCCCCUCCACAGAUUUAUCCAUUAAUGCAAUCUGUGCUCCAGCCAGACCACUGUCUUUAUUUUCCGGCUAGAGAGUUAGCAUCCGUUCCUGUAGGACCAAAAUUCUCUAUUGCUACAUCAAGCCCUUCAUUUUAUUUUUCAAACCAAAUUGUUCCCGAGUUAAACAGGGGCAGGUCAACAGUAACCAUCAGAGAGCUCCAGGAAGAAAAAGCAGAAGAUCCCCCACCCCCAAUUUGCAACUAUAGCAAUGAAGCUAGAGUGCUAACACCAGCUCCAGAAGAUGAGAGACAAAAGCGUGGUGGUUCUGGAUGCAGAAGUAGAAAUGCUGAGUUAGGAGGAGAACAAAGUGAGAAAUCUGAAUGGGACUCUCAUUGGAGCAUGGGAUCUGUACCCAGACCAGAUAAUGUUGAGUUGCAAAACCCAUCUAGUAUUGACUCCUCUGGUCUCAGUGCACAUUCACAAGCAAGUUCCAACAGAAGUUUUAGACCACCAGAAACUUCAUCUUCCAAGGUGAGAACAUUGGGUCCUACUUCAUCUGCCGGUUCAAGACUGCGACACCAGGAAGUACCUCUGGCUGUUGCUUCAAGAUUGAGAACUGGAGUCCCACGAAGUCCAUGCAUGCCUACCCCUGAAAGGUAUGGCAUGAUAAGAGCACCUAAUCCUCUAUAUAUGGCCCCAGCUGUGCGAAUCAGAUCAGUAGUUCCAGUGUGCUCAGCUCCUCCAAGGAGAUCCAUGGCAGAGGCAUCCAAAAGCAUGGAAACAGAAGAUUUAAAACCCCAAGACGAAGACGUGUCAAGAACAAGCUCUGAUCUUGGCCAUCUUAGAAUAUAACAUACUAUAUAGAUUAAGGAAUCUAGUUUUUUCCAAAUAAUAUGGUGCCUUUGGAGGUAUUUACUAGAAAGAAUCGGUAUCUCCUUAAUAAUUUCAUG